AUUUUGGCUCAAACAAAGUCAGCUAUAUUUUAUCCCCGCUAAGAUGAUAUAAGUUGUUUUCAUGUUUUGUUUUUUCUGUUAAAAAUCUACAGGGCAUGACUGUGCUUCCCACAAGUUAACGUUUGAUGCAAGUGUAACAUUUUCUCGUUUUUAGAGCGUGCACGCAGUUAGUAAUGAUUAAAAGUCACAGCUGAGCUGUAUUGCAAGCCAAGCUAACUUAACAUUUAGCUUUGCUGUUGCUGUUUGUUGUGACUGUGUGUGCAAUGGGUGGCUGCUCCGCUCCAAACUGCUCCAAUUCAACCAGCAUAGGCAAGCAGCUGUUUCGGUUCCCCAAAGACCCUGUGCGGAAGAAGAAAUGGGUGGUGAACUGUCGACGGGACUUUGAACCAACUCCUCACUCCAGACUCUGUCAAGACCAUUUUGAGCAGAGCCAGUUUGAGGAAAUAGCCAGGUCUCCAGCUGGGGGGAAGAAGCUGAAACCUAAUGCUAUCCCCACUCUGUUCAAUGUUGGAGAACCUCCCUACCCCGCAUUCACGGUUCCCUACAUCCUGCACCCUUUGAAACCUGAGCCAGUGGAGAAGGAGCUGAAUUUCGGGGACCAUGGCUAUGCGAGACGCACCCCUUUGCCUGGCCUGGAGGAGGAAGAUGCGGACAGAACAUCUGAAGAUCAGCAGCCUUGCACACAUUGCCAGCUGCUUAGGAAACAGCUGGAGCAGGAGAUGCAACACACUGCAAGGCUACAAAAAGAGGCUGAAGAGAUGAAGAAACGUCUUUAUCGACUUGACCGGCUUGAAAAGGGUCUCCAGAACUUUCUGUAUGAGGACCAGAUCCGAGCCCUGUCACUCACCAAACGCUCCCGACGUGCUGUCUGGUCUCCAGAGACAAUUCUGAAAGCCCGGAAUAUCCGCUGUGCGGUUGGCACCAAGGGGUACGAGUACCUGAGAGAGAUUGGUUACCCGUUACCCUCCUAUAGGACUCUGUGUAACCGUUUGGAGACUAAGAUCAUGGUGACGACUGAUAUGAGCUGCGAGGAGCUAGCAGAGCUAGGCCUGGGGCUCAUGGCCACCUGCGACAGUCCCCCUGAAGUUGGAGAUAAUGAUGAGGAAGAACUGAUAGGUGUUUUGUCUUCUUAGCAGUUUGCGUGAAUUGCUAAAGACUAAAGAUAAGAUUUGCUGAAUUGCUGUGAGGGACAUUGUGCUUUGUAUCUCCUCCUUGAGUGACUUGUUGUGAAUUUGCUUUUGUUAUGUCAACUGGUUGCACUUGCAAAUGCUUGCAACCUAUUCUAUUAUAUGCGUGUGAUCAGCUGAUAAGAGAUGCUCAGACAGCAGUUAGCCUACAGUUUUACUUGUAGUAUUUUCUUCCCACCCUGCUGUUAUCCCAUCUAGAAUCAGUUACUGCUGAUUUUUUUUUUUUUUCAGGUCUCUGAUGCCAAAGAGGUAUUGAUAAAAAUAUAACCUUUGGUGUUGGUACGUGGCAUUAAGAGAAUCUAUUUGAAACAGCUUAAAUGUCAGCUUCCCUUAGCUUGACUAUAAUGCAGAAUAGGUGCUUGGCAAAAUCCAACUACCAUCAUGAGACCAGAGGUGGUAGGAGAAACAGUGAAGCUUAUUACAAGUGAAACAAGACUUUCCACCAGAAGACUGCAUUUCCUACUUUGGAGCUAGGUGUUUACUAAUGAGUUGAACAUAGGGAAGACUGGGUUAAAAUCAAAUGAGCCCUUAACAAUGAUAAGCAAACACAUUGAGAUGUGGGGUAUAUAUAUAUAUAUAUAUAUAUAUAUAUAUAUAUAUAUAUAUAUAUAUAUAUAUAUAUAUAUAUAUAUAUAUAUAUAUAUGAGUGUAGUGUGCAUUAAAAUCUGAUAUGUCAUGAGUUGUUAAACGAUUCUCGAUAUAAAAGCAACUGAGAGCAACCAGCACCAAAAGCAAAGGACACUGCUACGCCAGCAGCUUUGACAGAACAGCAGGAAACGGGGAUGGACUCGCCACCUAUGAAAAUGCUGACCCACUGUGAGCUUGAACAUGUGCAGAGCAUGUGUACCAUGUAGCUUGUUACUGAUUGUUGUUGAGAAUUGUUUAGAGGGAUCAUUUGCACAAACCUGACAAGUUUGAUGCUUGUGUUUUUAAAGUCAAGUGUCUCACGUCUGAACUUGGCUGAUAUUUUACUGGCUCUGUUUACAUGUAUAAUAAAAUUAGUAUUUGGGAUAUUUAACUUUAUUUAAGUUUCAUAUAGACACAUCUCAUUACAGAGUGUUCCCUCGACAUUGUGAUUUUUUUCUUUUUUCUUAUUUAUUUUCAAUCUUUCUAUCUUUUUGUUUUGUUUUUUCUUUUUUAGGGUGGGGUGUAAAGCACAUGAUUUAUGUCUUUAACCACAAGACGGGUUUAGUAUCAAACUAUAUUGUUCAAUCAUACCUCUCCAAUUUAAGCAUUAAUAAAACUGAAUUUCUGUACCUUAUUUUGGUCACAUGUACACAACUGAGACCCUCGCUGUUUUUCAAUAAGGUUCCAAAAACUAUGUAUGGAAAAGGAAAUAAGGGUAAAUCCUGCACUGGUGAAUAACCUAAUUCUGCACUACAGUGUAAAUUUCAGUCUGAGAAUUUCCCCUUUGCUCUGUUUUGAAGUGUUCAAACUUUCUGGAUAGUUUAAGUCAAGGUACAACCUAGAAAUUUACACAGAAGCUUGAAUAUAUACAUACUUCCACUAAUAUUUUAUUAAAUGUCCCUUAGCCCGUUGUACCUCAACCAGACACCUUUGGUAGCUGUUUCCAUGGGUACGGACAUGACUUUUAAGCACAAUCCACAAAUUGUCGAUACUCUUGAGUGUUUUGGGAAGGCCAUUCUGGCAGCUUAAUGUUGGCCUCCUUUGUGUGUUUGAGAUCAUGUCAUGUUAGAACAACCAAUUAUGUCCAUGUUUCAACUGUCUAGCUGUCAAUUUGUGAUGUUGAGACUCCCGAUACAUUUGGGUCAAUUUGGAGGCAGUCCUCUCUCAUUAUUCGGUCCACUUUGUGCAAAGUACCAGUACCACUGGCAGUAAAACAAACCCAGAGCAUGAUGCUAACAUCACCAUGCUUGACCACUGGUACAGUGUUCUUAAGUUGAAAGCCUCUCCUUUACUCCUCCAAACAUACCUCUUGUCACUGAGGCCAACAGGCUCAGCCUUUGCCUCAUCUGGCCAUAAAACCUUUAUGCAGAAAGCAUUUCUUUCUCAUCCACGAGUGAGGCUCAGGUUGUUGAUUUUGAUGCAGAGGCUUCUUUCUUGGUUGGCAUCCACUCCCAUGGCAAUGUAAAAAUCUCUGCUCUGUGGACAGUGACCCCGGUGUUCCAGCAGUUCCCAGUUCAUAGCAAUUGCAAACGUUAGUGGUUCUUAACCAGUUUCCCCUCAUUUGAGGGGGACAGUUUAGGUCUACUAUCAGACCUUAACAAAGCAGUCGAACACCUUGUACUUUUGAUAGUUGUUUGCAAGGUUAUUAUAGUUCACUUAAACUAGAUGUGGAAACAAUUAAUAAUUUUAUUAACUGAAAAAAAAAAACUUGCAAAAAAGAUUAAAGUAACAUGAUUUUGUGAAUUUGGAAAACUAGCUAAAAUAUAAAUAAAAAACAGAGGAAAAUACUUAGUUUUGGUAUGUUGCUUUGGUAAAACUCGACUAUUGAGGUAUUGGAUAGAGGUCUGGUUUUUUGGAAUACUCAUUUUCCUAAAUCUUGCCUCUGAUAUAUACCCAUUAUACAAUAAUAACUAAAAAGACUACAAAUAACACAAAAACUAAUAAAAACUCAAUUAAAUUAAAAGCGAAAAGUUAAAAUAAAAAUUAAACCUAAUUUAGAAAAUACAUAACUAUAAUACCUGAGUUCCUGAGACCUUCCUAUUGGGAGUACUGGUCAAUACAGUAAACAUUACCUGUUUUCACUGGCAAAGAGAAACUACCAGUUGUGCUCAAUUAUGAUCCCCAACAAGAAUACUUAUUAAAAGAUUUAAAUGACUGCAUGUGUCUAUUUGAGCCUGUAUGUAUAAUUUUGAUCCUGUGUGGAUCAGAGAAAAUCCAAUAAAUUUAAACUUGUGCACCGGAA